UCGUUUCUUCAUCUUGUCCAUCAAUAUGUAAUCCAUCAAACAUUAUUUCCUGGAAUUAUCAUUAAUUUUCGAUAUAAAAUUUCCAAAUUUCAAGUUAAAUCGGUAACUAAAUUAUUAAUAUAAAAAACAAUGUGUAACUGCAAACAUAGUACGGCCAUAGAAGAUCACAGAUGUCCAAUCGAUCCAUCGAUGUCGGUCGGAAGCAGAUGGGAAUCAGGGUACGACGACUCCGAUAACUUUGUAGACUCACAUUAUAGGACAGCACCGAGCAGUUUCAGAAGCGGUAGAUCCUACCGCAUCCCACCGACAGGGGUUGCAACUGUCAUCCCAAACGAACCACAACAACGAAGUAUCGCGGAUACACCAGAACUUGCGGAAGGGGUGGCGAUCGUACGAAGACGACUCGAUUUCGACGAUCCAACGUUUGACGAAAAUGGUUGCGGAUUAUGUUCAAGAAGACAAACACGUAGAUCGGGAAUGACGAGUUCCUGUCCUACGAGAAGUGCUCUAUCGAGAACGAGAAUGACGUCUUGUGGAAAAUGCUCAAAAAUGUGAAGGAAAGUCGAGGAACAAAGAAGAAGAAGAAGAAGAAGAAGAAGAAGAAGAAGAAGAAGAAGAGAAAGAAGAAAAAGAAGAAGAAAAAGAAGAAGAAAAAGAAGAAGAAAAAGACGAAGAAAAAGAAUCGAUAUGGUCGACCUAAAAAUCGUAUAUAGCUGUUAUCUUCUCGGUCGACGGUACAACAAGGUAUAAGUUAACAACCGCGAAUCACCUACAUGGUCGACGUGGAAUCGAAGGUGGCAUACAAGUAGAAAGACGGAGCCGCUGUUUGAAGAUGUUUAAUGCAUGGAGCCAGGACAACGAGAAGAGCGCGAUCUCCUAUGUAUGUAUGUAGGUCACACCUUCUUCUCCUUGGAAUAUGUAAUUCGUAGCCGAGACUACUGCUUUUCGUCAUCUAUCCCAUUGGACCAUGAGACACGACGCAAGUUUUUCUCACGAUCUUCGAUCCACGUCCAGCAAAAUGCAAAUCUUACCGACAAUACUCUCUCCCACACUGUGUCGAGUGAGCGCGUGGCUUGGCGGCAUGCCGCCUGUAUGGAACACGAAAGAGAAGAGAAAAGAAGAAAACAAAAGAAAAGAAAAAAGAGUACGAAGACGGAGGUGAAGGGUAUAUACGUGGUGGCGAAUUUACGUAAUGAAGCGAUCGCCCGGGUGGUCCAGCUCGUAAGACGAGUACGCGUUCCUCAUCGGGUACUCCCCCAUCCUGGUAAUGCUCCCAACAAGGAAGAGAAACAAAGAAACGAAGAGAGAGAAUAUUCACUCUCUCGAAGACGAUUUCGUGGCUCGGACCCGCCGGACCCAACUCGAAUUAAGUACGGCACCGGAAGUACCCUGCUAGUAUUAUGCGUACGACCCACCUACGCUCGCUUUUUUUUUUCUUUUAAGAUUUCUCUUCUUCAAAAUAUCAUCUGUGCUUUCGAUCAAACUGUCAUGUGGACAUCUCUCGUACCAUCGUCGUUUAAACUAUACAAAUAUAAUGAAAUAAAAUUUUCUAAUGGGCAACGCAAUGCACUUAAUAAAGUAACAAAGAUGUUAUAAAAUUUAA